AUUAAUUUUGUGCAGACGAAAUCGCAUGUGACAGGAACAUCGUUACUUCAGUCAGGUGAACGGGGAGGGAUAGAGAAGUAGUAUGUUGUUCUUCGUGUGUUUUCUGUCUUUCUUUGCUGCAGUUUUUGCAGAUACUCCAGCAAAUUGCACAUACGAAGAUGUUCAAGGAAGAUGGAUGUUCCAGGUUGGAAGCAGGGGGCAUGACAAGACCAUCAAGUGCGAUUCAGAAGCUUUAGCGGAAUCCACUUUUUAUGUGACCUUGAAGUUCCCUGAUGUGGCCAUAGAUGACCAAGGAAACACUGGAUUCUGGACACUCAUCUACAACCAGGGAUUUGAAGUUAAUAUUGGAGGAAGAAAAUAUUUUGCCUUUUCUGCCUAUCAAAAAAAUGGGAGUCAUGUGACCAGCCAGUGUGGGAAAACAUUGCCAGGGUGGACACACGACGUGCUGGAGAGGAACUGGGCCUGUUUCCAGGGACAGAAAACCACACCUGUACCCCCAAAGUAUCAUGUCAUUCCAGAGAGGCAUUCUUCUGAGUAUGUUCAAAUUUUAAAGUUCCGAACUAAUUAUGAUUUCAUUGACCAAAUCAACCAGAAACAGAAGUUGUGGAAGGCUGUAGCCUACAGGGAAAUGGAGGACAUGACACUCGAAGAUCUGGUGAAAAGAGCUGGGGGCAGGAAAUCAAAAAUCAUUGGGAUACCAAAGCCAGCUCCAGUAAGUGAAGAAGUAAAGAGAAUAGCCCAAAAACUACCCGAGUCAUUUGAUUGGAGAACUACAGGAUUUGUCUCCCCAGUCAGGAAUCAAGGGGGUUGUGGUAGCUGCUAUGCCUUCUCUUCCCUGGGUAUGAAUGAAGCUCGCUGGAGAAUGAGGACCAAUAACACAGAACAACCAGUGUUCUCCACUCAAGACAUUGUAGAAUGCAGCGAAUAUUCUCAGGGGUGUGAAGGUGGAUUCCCUUACCUAAUUGGAGGGAAAUACGCGGAGGACUUUGGACUUGUGGAGGAGAAAUGUAAUCCUUACAAAGGAAAGGACGGAAAGUGUUCCACUGACCAGAGCUGUCCACGUCAGUACUCCUACAGAUAUAAAUACGUGGGGGGAUUCUAUGGAGCGUGUAAUGAAGAACUUAUGAUGAUAAAUCUGAUCAAGAAUGGCCCCAUGGCAGUGUCCUUUGAAGUGUAUAAUGAUUUCAUGCAUUAUAAAGGAGGAGUCUAUGUUCACACAGGACUCCAGGAAAAAUUCAAUCCAUUUGAGAUCACCAACCACGCGGUGCUGCUGGUGGGGUAUGGAGUGGACGCCGCCACUGGGGUCAAGUUCUGGACGAUAAAGAACUCCUGGGGUACAGGCUGGGGGGAGGACGGGUACUUCAGAAUCAGGAGGGGCACUGACGAGUGUUCUAUUGAAAGCAUUGCUGUUGAAUCAUUCCCCCUUUACUAAAACCAAAUGUGUGUGACCACAUGUCUCAAUUUUAUACUAUUUGAUAAAAAGAAAAUCCUGUCUUCCUUACUUAGUUUAAUACAUGAACAAUCAAAACAGAAUUAUGUGAAAGUAUAUUUUAAAUUAUAAAAAUCAAAAUUAAUGUCAGUUAAAAUGAUUUGCUCUCAAACUAAAUAAUAUCAGAACUACACUGUUUAUCAUAGGUCAUGAUAUUUUAGUGUUAAAAGUGCAAUAGAACCAAGAUUUGUGCUCAUGAAGUUCAACUGUGGAGGUAAAUUAAUUUGCCGUAUGUGAUUUGAAGUAUUUAUAUUUAAUACAGCUGUGAUUUUAUAUUGAUAUUUGAUAAUUUUAUUUUUUCUACUUUUUUCAUUUACAUUCCAACAAUGCAUAUUAAUGCUGUUCAUUUUAAGUUAUAUCAAAUGAAUUAUAAAUAAGGUACAAUAUUAUGACAAUUUAAAAUCAAUUCAAAUACAGUGUAUGUUGUACAGCCUUUUUAUUUGUAAUAGUGCCUUAGCAAGUCUGUGCUUUAUACUGUUGAAUAAAUGGAACUGUGUAUUGCAUUAAA